UGUUCUCUUGGUCAUGGGAACAAGAUGGACUCGCCCUGGACCUUACCUACUUGUGCUCCUCUGUUACGGACAGCUCUUGCCAUGGCUCAUGACUGUGGGUGAUCAAAGCUUAGAUGAGUUCUACAACGAGACUGAGGCAAAGCUGUUCCUGCAGUUUUAUGAGCAAACAGCCCAGGUUGUGUUGAACCAGUUCAUGGAGGCUGCUUGGAACUAUGUCACCAACAUCACCAAGAAAAAUCGGGAGGAGAUGCUGCACAAGGAGUUGGAGAGGUCCCAGGUCAUGGUGUACUUCGGCAGCCGGGCCCGCCUGUUUAAGAUCGCCCAGUUCCAGGACCCGGUCGUGAAGCGCAUGCUGAGUAAGCUGCUGGACAUAGGCAAGGCGGCCUUGCCCAAGGACGAGCUCUGGGAGUACAACAAGCUUCUGGCCUACAUGGAGACGGCAUACAGUAUGGCCCAGGUGUGCCUCGAUGAGGGGCCCUGCCUGCCCCUGGAGCCUGACCUCCAAGAAAUCAUGGCCAACUCCAGGGACCAGAAGGAGCUGUUGUGGGCCUGGCAAGGCUGGCGGGAUGCUGUGGGUCGCCAGCUUCGUCCCAUCUUCGAGCGCUACGUAAUCCUCAGCAACAAGGCCGCGCGGCUCAACGGCUACAAAGACAUGGGGGCUUUGUGGCGCUCCAAGUAUGAGGAUGAGACCCUGGAGCAAGACCUGGAGCAGCUCUUCCAGGAGCUGAAGCCGCUCUAUCUGAACCUGCAUGCCUACGUGCGCCGCUCCCUGCACCGCCACUACGGGCCCGAUAUCAUCGACGUGAGGGGGCCCAUCCCUGCUCACCUGCUAGGGAACAUGUGGGCUCAGUCAUGGGUCAACAUCCUAGACCUGGUCUUGCCCUUCCCCAAGAAACCCCCUGAGGACAUCACGAAGAUCAUGAAAGGCCAGCGCUGGAAGCCUGGGAAAAUGUUUGAAGAGGCUGAAAAAUUUUUUACCUCCUUGGGGAUGCUGGCCACCCCACCUGAUUUCUGGAAAAAGUCCAUGUUGGAGAGACCACCCGAUGGGCGGGAAGUGGAGUGCCAAACCUCUGCCUGGGACUUCUACAAUGGCAAAGACUUCAGGGUAAAGAAGUGCACCGAAGUGAACAUAGAAGAUCUGCUGUCCAUCUUCCACCAGAUGGGCCAUAUCCAGUACUUCUUACAGUACAAGAACCUCUCCAUCCUCUUCCGAGAAGGCGCCAAUCCUGCCUUUGGAGAGGCGGUGGGGUCAAUGGUCACCCUCUCAGCCUCCUCCUAUCAGCAUCUGCUUAACAGAGGCCUGCUCAGCCAGCAGCAUCAGGACUCAGAGGAGGAGGUCAACUUCCUAAUGGGCAUUGCUCUGGACAAGAUCGCCUUCAUCCCCUUCGGCUAUAUGAUAGAUAGGUUUCGUUGGAAGAUCUUUGAUGGCACCAUCCAAAAGGACAUCUACAACCAGGAGUGGUGGAACUUCAGGUUGAAGUACCAGGGCCUGUGCCCCCCUAUUCCUCGGUCAGAGGAUGACUUUGACCCAGGUGCCAAGUUCCACAUUUCUGCCAGCAUGCCUUACAUAGGGUACUUCAUCAGCCUAGUGCUUCAGUUCCAGUUCCAUGAAGCCUUGUGCAAGGCCGCAGGCCACAUGGGACCACUGCACCAGUGUAACAUCUACAACUCCAAGAUGGCUGGGAAGAUCCUAGGGGAUGUCCUGAAGGUGGGCUCAAGCAAGCCCUGGCCACAGGUCCUAAAGGAGCUGACUGGGAAGUCCAAGGUGUCUUCGGAGGCUCUCCUGAGCUACUUCAAGCCACUGCUGAACUGGCUGGUGACCGAGAAUGUGCAGCAGGGGGAAAUCCUGGGCUGGCCAGACUUCGGCUGUACCUUCCCAGAAAGAAGAAAACCUAAAGCGGCAUUCCUGAGCAUGGAGUUGGAGCCUAAGGCAGCCAGGUCCGGGCAGUGGGUGCUGCUGAUCCUAUGCAUUAUCAUGUUCCUGAUGAUCCUGGGGUUGGCCUCCAGGCUAUUCGUCAUGGAAAAACAGUCAGCGAACAAAGACUCUUCAGACAACACUGAGACAGGCAACACCAAGUUCCUGUGUGUACCCAUGGAGCCCCACCAGGCUGCCCGAGGACAGUGGCUGCUGCUGGGCCUCUGUCUUAUCCUGAUGCUGUGCUCAAUUAUUUUGACUAUUCGGAUCUUCACAUGGCCGAACUAGAAGCCUCCGUGGAUGAAAUCUGAUGGUUGGGGCGCAGACUAGCCACCAGUCAGACUGGCCAACCCCCUUUCUCCAAGGGGCUCAGGAACUAUGGUUUUAGUGACUCAGUGGCUGUCUCCCUCCAAACCGCCCCCGUCACAAGUCAUGCCCAGAAGUGAUUCUUCACAUAGCCUUGUUUAGUUCAGGAGCCCAGCUACCGGGCUUGGUUGGAGCUGCAGGACUCAAGGAAUCUCUGCUCUGGUUAGAAAAAGGACUCUGCUUCAGUACCCUUAUAAAAUGUCCUCAGCCAGCCUUCCCCCAGAUAGGGGCAACCAGGACACCUCUGCCCCCCCAGGAGGCCACAUUUGCAGCCCUCUCAUCCCCAGCCACAGUGACCAAUGAGGUCCCUACCAGACACUGUGGCUCUGCAUGGCAAAGUCAAACCCAACUGAGGACUCCAAGCCUUUCACCUGGACUCCAGCAAAAGCUUCACUGAGCCUCCUUGGCCAUCCUUCCUUCCCCACCCAUCAUUGUAAAGUUUAUUUUGCCAGAAUAUUUCCUUCAAAUUUCCUUCCAGUCUAACUGCUGAAGAACUUGGUUGUCCAUCAAUUAAACCUAGAUUUUCAAAAUGGCAUCAGAGGGUCUUUAUACAUUACCCUUUUUCUGCAUUCUCACCUCUCCCACUUCCCAGCUCAGUCCCUCUGCACUGACAUCACCCUUGGCCUUUGCCUCACUCCAUUUUGAACACUUGUCCUUCAAAGGCCUGGAUCAAAAUUGGUCUUGGAUCCUCUGCAAAUCUCCAAGCCCACCAAGAUGCUCAGUGAACAAUGGUCCCCUUCUCCUCUCCAAGAAGCCUCAAUAAACUGCACCCUACCUCCA